AAGAAGACAGGAAAGAACAUUAAAACGAGAAAUUGAUCGAAUCGAGUGAAAUCGUAUGAAGAGUUUGGACGAAUUAACAAUAAAAAAUGAAAGCAAGUGACACGGAUAACUCUCAGAGACAUAGUUCUAGGCCACACAGUGUAAGUUCGUCGAAAUUAAAACUGCAAAUUGCUUCGAAAAGUCGAAAAUAUGCUAAAGUUAUAGCAUCGCCGUUGUUGCAACAACGUAUGGCACUUCGUAUUUACGAAAACGGCAUCGACGUGACACCGAAAUCUCUGAUACAUCCUACGUUCAACCAAAUCGAUGAUCGCCAUAUGACCGCUUUAGAACAGAUUGCUCUUUUACAAUCUGAAAGCACCAGUCAAUCGACAUUUUUAUCUUCCUCACACACUGGCAUUAAAUCCAGUUCUUCUUUAAUAUCUCGAACAACCCACAUUACUGAUGAUAUGCAAAUAGAGAGUUUUUUGUCUACUGAGGUAGCGACUACUGGUAUUAUGGAUGAUGUUGAAGAAAAAGCACCGCCUCAAUUCUAUGUAUCCAGUUAUGAUCCAGAAGUAUUUUAUACUUGGCCAGAGACAAUAACGAUUAUAUUGAAAGAAACAGACACGAUUAUUUUUUUCGAGAUGCUUCCCUUGACGAGUGAUCUUCGGACACCAGAAGGACAAGCAGUCCAAGAGAGCAAUGAGAGAUACAAAGAGAUAGUAGCAGGCCCUGGAAUAGCAAGAAAAGUGGCUGAUGCUGAGACCCAAACGAUAGAAGUUAUUACAAAAUCACGUGGUACUUAUCUCGGAGGAACGGUACGACAAAAUGAAGGAAUGUUCGUCAAUAAUUGGGUUAUAUACGACACUUAUAAGGAACCAGAAUUGAUGGUAGAGAAGAAUGGACUUUUAGUUGUUCGUACAAGGGAUAGUUUUUUACGAAUGUUGGAAAAGCAGGAAAUGGAAGAUAAAUUACCGCAGUAUAAAAUGGAACUUCAAGUGAAAAGUUCCUCUGAACAAUUAACUCAUAUAGCAUAUAAUACUAGGUUUUUGAAAGCCGCACGUACUAUGGAAGGCAUAUUAUCUAACAAUGUUUACCUUGCUGCUCAAAAACGUUUCACUGGGAUCGUUCAACGAGAUCCAUGUAGUCUCGAUCUAGAAUUUACGUACGAUCUCGAUCUACUGUGGACUUAUACCUGCAAUAUCAGUAAAGACCGACCAGUUUCUUCAUUUUGUUGCAAUUAUUCUAACAGAAACAUUAUUGCUGUGUCGUAUUGUUCAAAACCAACCGAUGAUAAGAAAGAUGGCCUCUUGUUACUGUGGUGUGCAAAGAACCCAAAAGAGCCAGGAAAAAUAUAUACCUUUGACAGUCAGAUUUCCAGCAUAGAUUGGAGUCGCGAUCGGCCAAAUUUACUUGCAAUUGGUUUCUACGAUGGUUCGAUCAAAGUCAUUGACGUUAGCAGCACUUCUCUUAACGUAAUGCGACAAAGUAAGAGGGAUACGUCAGCAUUCUCUUACGAGCCACAUUGGCAAGUACAAUGGUGGAAGAGCGACGAACAGUUUGAUUUUCAGGAAUUAAUAUAUACGAGUAAUCAAAAUGGAUGUGUUUAUCGUUAUCCAUUGGACGAGGAUUUUAUGAUGACUGAGAUGAUGAAGAUUUCUAAGAUAGAAGAUAAAAUAUUAGGAGUGAAUAGAUCAGACCAAUGUGUCGCAUACGAUAUUCUAAUGAGUCAUAGCUCGGGAGCUCUUGUUCUUUGUCAACAUCCGACUCUAAAUCCCAUUUAUUUCGUGGGCUCGGACGAGGGAGCGAUAUAUCGAUGUUCCAAAAAUUAUUUGUAUCAUCACAUAGACAGUUUUUUGGCUCACGAUGGACCCGUAUACAGAAUGGAGUUUUCUCGUUUCUGUCCUAAACUCUUCUUGACUUGCGGAGCCGAUUGGUGUACUAGAAUUUGGAUAGAAGAGCUCACUGAACCUUUAAUCACUCUUUCCACAACAUUCGCUUGCGUCCCAUACGCAACCUGGUGUCCUACAUAUUCGACCAUCAUCGCUAGUAUCGUUAACAACGAGAUUUGUAUAUGGAAUAUCAAAAGGAGAACCUAUGCUCCAGCGUCCGUAACACGUUCUCCAAACGAAGCAAGAUUGGUGAAAGUCGCAUUCACUGAUAAUGGCAAACAGAUGGUAACGGCGGACGUUCAAGGUGCUGUAUAUAUUUACAAUCUAGAAGGUAUACCAUUUUCACCUUACAAUCAGGAAGAAAUUCUAAUCGAAUCCGUCAAGAAGGCUCUUCUUACCAAACCGGAUUUAUUAAAAAAACUUCGAAAAACUGGUCCACCAUUUUCGGACGAGUGACUGACACAUAUAUAAAAGUUCAAUAAAAGAAGAUCAUCCAACAUA